AUGACGGUGGUGGCGGUGCUCAACCACCACUACAGCGUCGCCGGCUACGUCCUCGCCUACUGGAUGGCACUACACACUCCCCAGGUCCACGUAGUGGUGGUGGACCAUGGCUUAUCGCCGACAAUGCCGCCGAUAAUCGCCAAUUGCCACACGCGCCACCCCGUGGAUAUGACCCCCAUUCCGGCUAUCCCGCUCCAACCAGUACAAUUUGAAGGUCAUCCGAGGCCUCCCUAUUCAGUGGAGGCUCCCAAUUUACCCUUGGUAGCGGUGACCCCCGCCAAUUCCGGCUCAAACCAGCAGAAAUGGUGGCUGUAUUGGUACUACCACCCGCACCAAGUGGUGGGCUAUAUCCGGGCCAAUUUGCCUUCAAACGUCACCGUAUUAUCCCUGAGAAACCUUCAUCAGCUUCAUAACCAAUUGGGAGGUAUAUGGUUUGAUUUUACAGCGCCUGACGAUAGUGAUGAUGCCUCUACUUUGGGAGCUAACGUCCAGGUGCGCGCUACCAUGCUGGGACCCCUACCAUUAGCUCAAUGGGCCUACUGGUCGAGGGUGGGCGUUAGUACCGUCAAUAUCAGUGCUACUAGUACUCCCUCCCACUAUGUGGUUGACGUCGGCGGCAAACUGCUUGAUUUGGCGGGAUUAUUACUGGAGGUAGCCCCAAGGCUUAUGGUCCAUUUAAGAAGAGUUCCAGUGAAUUUGUAA